UCUCUUCUCCUUUCUUCUGUUUGCAGAGUUGCUGCAAGAGCACCAAGAUAAACAAGAGCCUAUGAGGACUGCUUCUUCCUCCUCCCUCACAGAUGGAAGACUCCAAGGAAAAAAUCAUCCUGAUUAUUGGAGGAGUCAGAUAUGAGACAUACAGCAGCAUUCUUCGGACCUUCCCAGGGACCAAGCUGUGCAGUCUAACAGAGCCUCAUGCCCCAAGAAUCUACGCCUAUGAUCCCACCGCCAAAGAGUUCUUUUUUGACAGGAGCGCUGAGAUAUUCAGCUCUGUGUUGAACUGUUAUAGGACCAAACAUUUCCACUGCCCCAUUGAUACCUGUAGGUCAGUCUUAGAAGAAGAGCUGGUUUUCUGGGAAAUAAAUGAGACAUAGCUAGCACCCUGCUGCUGGCUGAAGCUGAAUAACAAAGAGGUGCAGCCAGAGGAAUAUAACAUUUGGGAUGAAGAUGAACAAACUGAUGACCAAUGCCUCAUAGUCCAGACAGAAAGAAGGGAUUUCAGCUGGUGAACCAGGUGGCAGCCAAAGAUUUGGUCUAUAUUUGAAAAAACUUUUUCUUCUUUCAGUGCUAAGGAUAUCGAUCCAUUGUGCAGAAGGAAGUUUUGGUCACGUGCUGAGUCCCUUUUCAUUCCCACAGCACAGGGAUGACCUCCCUACAUGAGGCUGCUCUUCACUUGGUGCAGGCUGCUCCAGUGCUCUCCAGGAUGGGAUUUGUGAGGUGAUUUUUGACAUAGUAGGUGUCAGCAGCCUCCAUGUCUUCAAGUCAGUGUUUUUUUCUGCAUCCAAGAGAGAAAUGGGCCAAGUCAUCCAAGGCCAAGGAAUAUCUUGGGAGAUCAACUGCUCAGCAACCCAGAAAAAUCAGUGUGCGUGUUACCACCAUGGAUGCUGAGCUGGAGUUUGCCAUCCAGCCCAACACUACAGGGAAGCAACUCUUCGAUCAGGUUGUCAAGACAAUUGGUCUGCGAGAGGUCUGGUUUUUUGGACUUCAAUAUCAAGACACCAAGGGCUUCUCAACAUGGCUGAAAUUGAACAAAAAGGUAACAGCGCAGGAUGUACGCAAAGAAAGCCCCUUGCUUUUCAAAUUCCGUGCUAAGUUCUACCCAGAAGAUGUGGCAGAGGAGCUGAUUCAGGACAUCACACAGCGCCUUUUCUUCCUCCAAGUGAAGGAGGCAAUUCUGAAUGAUGACAUUUACUGUCCUCCAGAAACAGCCGUUCUUCUGGCUUCUUAUGCCGUCCAGUCCAAAUAUGGAGACUUCAACAAAGAGGUGCACAAGUCUGGCUACCUUGCUAGUGACAAACUGCUCCCACAGAGGGUUUUGGAGCAGCACAAGCUUAACAAGGACCAGUGGGAGGAGAGGAUCCAGGUGUGGCAUGAGGAACAUCGAGGAAUGAUUAGAGAAGAUGCUGUCUUGGAGUACUUGAAAAUUGCACAGGAUCUGGAAAUGUAUGGUGUGAACUACUUCAGCAUUAAGAACAAGAAGGGCUCUGAACUCUGGCUAGGUGUAGAUGCUCUUGGACUAAACAUUUAUGAGCAGAAUGAUAGGCUAACACCGAAAAUUGGAUUCCCUUGGAGUGAGAUCCGAAAUAUCUCAUUCAAUGACAAGAAAUUUGUUAUCAAGCCUAUUGACAAGAAAGCACCAGACUUUGUAUUCUAUGCCCCUCGGUUACGGAUUAACAAACGAAUCUUGGCCCUUUGCAUGGGGAACCACGAACUCUACAUGCGCAGACGUAAACCAGACACCAUUGAGGUGCAGCAGAUGAAAGCACAGGCUCGAGAAGAGAAACAUCAGAAACAGAUGGAGAGAGCCCUGCUGGAGAAUGAGAAGAAGAAGAGGGAGUUGGCAGAAAAGGAGAAGGAGAAGAUUGAACGUGAGAAGGAGGAGCUAAUGGAGAGACUCAAGCAAAUUGAGGAGCAAACCAAGAAAGCUCAGCAAGAACUGGAAGAACAGACCCGCAGAGCUAUGGAGCUGGAACAGGAGAGAAAACGAGCUCUAGAGGAAGCAGAGAAACUGGCUAAAGAACGCAGAGAAGCAGAAGAGGCAAAGGAGGCCCUAUUGAAAGCAUCCCAUGAUCAACAAAAGACCCAGGAACAGCUGGCUGCUGAGAUGGCAGAACUCACAGCUAGGAUCACACAGCUGGAGCUGGCCAGGCAGAAGAAAGAGAGUGAGGCCCAGGAGUGGCAGCAGAAGGCACAGAUGGUGCAGGAGGACCUAGAGAAGACCAAAGAGGAGUUGAAGACUGCCAUGAGCACCCCUCAUGUCACUGAACCCAUGCACUCUGAGAAUGAGCACGAUGAUGAGCAGGAUGAGAACGCAGCAGAGGCCAGUGCUGAGUUGCGGUCAGAGGCCACCAUCAAGGACCGCAGUGAGGAGGAGCGCACCACUGAAGCAGAGAAGAAUGAGCGGGUCCAGAAACACUUGAAGGCUCUCUCCUCGGAGCUGGCAAAUGCUCGAGAUGAAACCAAGAAGACGGCAAAUGACAUGAUCCAUGCUGAGAACAUGCGUCUGGGCCGAGACAAGUACAAGACCCUCCGUCAGAUUCGUCAGGGUAACACCAAGCAGCGCAUUGAUGAGUUCGAGUCCAUGUAAACUCUCCCCUGCACCUGCUGCCCUGCACUCUCUUCUCUCUUUCCCAUCCUCUCCCAUCAUUCGCUCAUAAUUGUGCUAUGCUGGAACCACUACAGAAGAGUGACCAUGGUCUUAUUUAUCAAGUUUUGGGCAAAUGCUGGAGUUAAGCAACAGAAGAAAGAGUAGUAUUUACAUCUUCCUGGGGUGGCUUGGGAAAGCAAACAUGUAUUGGAGCUAAUCUGAAAUUGUUUGGCUUGGGGUAGUCUCACUGUGUUGGGUUUGGUGUUGCUCACUGAGGUGGCUGUGUUGCUGUCCUCUCCCCUGGUGGGGGGAGGCCAGCAGAUACUUGUGCUGCAUUACGUACAGUCAAGAGCUGAUAGUCUGACACUGCCUUCCUACUAACCUGCACAAGCUUUAGGAUUAAUCUUAGUAGCCAGGAUCUGAAUUUCUGACUUAAUGCAGGGUCUGAAUCAUGUAGUUGAGAAGGGGAGACUGGAGGUUAGGAAGAAUGGUUGUAGGUAAAAUAUGGACUUUCUUUCUAAAAGACCAAAGCUUUUGUCCUACAAAUAUAAGCAGACCAAACAGAUUCUGUGGUGUUCCUGCUGGUAUUACCUUUUGUUGCUUAAUGAUGGAAUUUUGAAUUUCCUAAUUAUGAGGAGGCCUUUGGAAUAUUUCCACUGAUGCAUUGUGGUUUGGAGCCUCAAAUUCGCUGCUUUUUGUCUCUGGUAAAUGGCUUUGUUCACCAUCAUUUGUCUGACUUGAAUGUAACCAGUGAGGCAGAGAUAGCUGAAGUACAUAACCUUCCUUUUUGGUUUUGCCAAUGAAAACCUGAAGUGGGAGGUAGAAAUGUAAAAGACUAAAAAUUCCUUUAGCAGUAUUUUCCCUUGCUGAACCAAUACCUUUCUAGUUAUGUGAACAUGAUUUCAGGGUUUUCCAUAAGAGGCCUUUUUAGCACAUAGUCAUUGGUGCCUUAUGACUGUGUAUAGAUCUACUGUAGCUCAGAUGUCUUUAGUUUAAACUAGAUGCAAUCAUAAAAAGUGAUCAGCAGCUGGGGACCAAAAACUACUCUUGUAUGUGGGUCAUGUACAGGACUGCAUCUGUCUUCCUGGCUUCAAGCAGCGUUUGAGGGGAGAGGAUCCUGAGACACUUGCCGAAUUGCUGCCUUAAUCCUCACUAGCAUUCUGCCAGAUCUGUGGCUCAAGUGCUUCUCCUUCCCCAGAAGGAUGCUUUGCCCUUUUGUAGCUUUGAGAACAGAGGGCUCUGUCUCUUAGAAAUGGGGCACAAGUGGUUGCGAGACUGGUCCUGAGAGCCACUUGUGCCAGUUAUUAUCAUAACUAUCAUGUCUGUCAUCCAAGCUGUCCAUCCUGUAGCUACCCAGAAUCCUCCCUACUAUUUAUGGGGAGGAAAUAGCCACGUGUGCUCAGGGCUGAAUUGGAUUUUUGCCUUGAUCCUUGCUAAAAGCAACUGUUAACCUUCAGGAGAGGCCUCUAAAAAUGGAUUCCACCUAAAGUGAAGUCCUCCUUUGCUUUGCCUUGCUUGGAUUAGCCUGUCCCUAUAGGAAGUCACCAGGUUAGCCUGUGAUUUAUUUUCUUGCCCAGCAUGAUCCCAAAUCUUGUGACUUGCUCAGUUUUGUGGAUUCUCCCUUUUUAUGAUGUCACUGCUAAUGGUGACAGAAGGGAAACAUCUGAAAGCUGAAACAUUUUCAGCUCCCUGCUGUAUGGGAAAGGGUAAAGGGGGACUGUGCCAAAAAAGAAAUGUUCAUGAUAGUGUUAACAAACUGCAGUAUUUACCCAGGAAUUCCUUGGGUUGCUGGAAACAACCUCACCAGUGCUGUAUUUUAUUUUUCGGAAGCAAUGCAAGUCUGUGUGGAGAUCCAUACAAACACCAACUAACCUCUAUUGGAAGCAACACGCUAAGCUAUGCUCCUAAACAUCCACAUGUGUCAUGUGGGAGCUCCCUGCUCUCCCCCGGACACAGCAUGCUUUUGGAGGGGCACAUGGCAUGGCAAGCUUUUUGUUGGCCGAGAACACAUCCCUCAGUACUUUGAAAGUCCCAAAUGAACAAUUGCAGUUAAAUUGUCAGACCCGAUUGGUGUAUUUCUGUUCUGAAGGUGAUUGGCACUCACUCUGCGUGAGUCUCAUUACUGGGGAACGGACAAUUUUUACACUUCUGUUUUGGUGCUUAAAAGCUGGUUCUCAGCACUUCUGCUCUGUCCAUGGUGACUAUUGAUGUAUUUGGGGGAGAAAAGCCUUUAUUACAUUUUAACAAUUUCCUAACAAGCUGAUGUAUGGUGCCUGGAAUAUGUGUUCAAAUAAUAAACCAGUAAACCUUUUCUGCUUUGAUGGGUCACACAACACUGCUGAGCUCAUGUAUUAUGAUGUUGGCAUGACUUCUGUUAAUAGGGUUUUUUAAACGUUCUAAUUCCACACGGUCCAAUAUAGGAAUAGAACGGCUUGUGCCAGUGACUCCACCUAACUCUUUGUAGUUGUUUCAGCCCUGCCUUCUUCUUAACCAGUAUUAUAUUCCAGUGGUAUCUAAUGAUAUUUGAUUUCAAUACUUCUAGCUAUGCACAAUUAGAAAAUAUUAGUCAAGGGAUGGAGGAUAUGUUUAUGGUCCUCCUUCCCGUGGAAAUGUAUACUGUAUUGUAAAGAAAUGAUAUUUUGCAAGAAAACUAAUGUAAGAAGCUUUCAGUAUUACAGUGGGAUUUGUAGACACAUUUUUUUAUUUGUUAGAAUACAGUGAAUAGUUCUUCUUCCUCUCCACGUUCCAGUUUAAUUGGAUAUCUACUCCUUUUGGGGGUGGGGGGAGGGAAGUACUUUAUCAAAUGUUUGCUUGGCUUGUUUUUUCUUGUUUUAUUUUUUGUUGCUGUAAAUUAUGUUGGAAGUUUUUGACCAAUUUAUUUCUGGAUUAUAAUAAAACAUCAAUUCCUUAAGGUUGUGGAGUAAUUCAUGAGUCUAUGUGCUUAUCUGCAGAGAGAACCUUGAUAUUAAGGCAUUUUCUUUCCUGUUUGGAGGAGUUGUUAAAAUCUAUACCUUGUUCUUCCUGAAGUGCCAAUAAAGUUCAGAGAAAUUCA